GUGCCGGCUGCUCAAGAUAUCAUAUGAUCACAUUUCUUCUCUUUUUUGCUCAUGUCAUGUGCUGUCUCUGAGCUCAACUCUACCUUUAUGAUGUCAAGAAACUGUGCAACAGUUUUGGAGAUUCCAAUUAUAAGCAAUUGUAAAGAUAAGGUACACCAUUCUUUGUGCUUAGAGCUUCACAAACUCAUCGAUAGAAUUUCACUUGUGAUUUUAGAUAUUGAAUCUGCAAGACCAAAUUGCAAGUUAGCGAUGGAGGCAUUGUGCUCAUUAAACCUCACUUUGGCUAAAGCCAAAUCACUUAUCAGAGAUUGUUCAAAAUGCAGUAAACUUUACCUGGCAAUCACAUCCCGCAGGAUACUUUCAAAAUGUCAAAAACUAAGAAACGCUUUUGAGUUGUAUUUGACAGAGAUUCAAGGUGCAGUUACAAUACCCUUGGCUGAUAAGAUAUCUGCAAUACUACAUGACCUUAGGAGUGCAAAAUUUUCCCUGGAAUUUGCAGAAGAAGAGGCUAGGAAAGUACUACUUUCACUGUUUGAGAAGAAUUUCCCAGAUAAAGCUUCUAUGGAAAAGGAAGAACUUGAAGCUAUACAGAUUGCAACUUCUAGAUUGGAGAUUAAAUCUGCAUUUUCUCUCUUAGUAGAGAAAGCAACUAUUAAGAAUCAACUUGAUGAAGUGAAUGAAACAAACCCAAAGGAGAAGGAGCUUCUAGAAUACCUUUUGUAUCUCUUGAUCAAAUAUAGGAAAUCUAUUUGUCAGUUUGAAGAUGGAGACCACUCACCAAAACAUGAUUUUCAUGAUCAAUCCUUUGAGCAUGAGUUGGUUGUUGAAGAAGCAUUAUGUGAGAACCAAGUCAAUGAUGAAGUUAGAGAUUUAUGAUCAUUUGAUUCUUCAGGUUGUCUUACUUGUGCUUAUUGUUAGUGUCUAGUGUUCAUAAAAGGUGAUUUUUGAAUUCAAAACAAGCGUUUGUGUUUUGUUUUGUUAGGAUCCUAAUUGAUUGGAUUUGUCCCAGACAGAGUGGAAUAAGUUUUAGGAAUUCAGUUUUUGUUUUUAUGUAAUUAUCUAAUCUCAGAAACAAUGACCCCUUUGGAAUUUGUGAUCAGAUUUAUUGCAUUUUCUAUAUUCCUUU